CUGAAAAUCCCAGCAGCAAAAAGAGAGAGAAAAGAAGAAGAAGAUCGAAAGUAAAUGGGAAGGAAGCCAUGUUGUGUGAAGGAAGGGCUGAACAGAGGCGCAUGGUCUGCAAGAGAAGAUGAUAUGCUCACCAACUACAUUAAGAUCCAUGGAGCAGGCAAAUGGAGAGAUCUUCCACAAAGAGCUGGGUUGAAGAGAUGUGGAAAGAGUUGCAGGCUUCGAUGGCUGAAUUAUCUCCGGCCAGAUAUCAAGAGAGGAAACUUUUCUGCAGAUGAAGAAGAGCUCAUUAUUAGACUACAUAAGCUGCUGGGGAAUAGGUGGUCCCUGAUCGCUGGAAGAUUACCGGCGCGAACAGACAAUGAAAUAAAAAAUCACUGGAACACCAAUCUGAGCAAGAGUGUACUGUGGCUCCGUGAUCAGCUUAAUAACAAGACUGGACCAAGAGAAGGGCGCAUGAAAAAUUCUGCGGUGGUGGCAGCGGCUGCAGAGGCCACCGUGGAACCGACCAAGGCAAUCCGGACAAAAGCAGUAAGGUGCACCAAGGCCGUUGUCCCAGCAGCAUUGCAGCUAGAGAGAUUAACCCCAAAAUCAGACAUGAGUACAACGGAUCACCAGAGCAUAUCUUCUUCGGCCAUAAUAGAUCAGGACAACUGCAUCGAUUUUCUAAUGGAUUUGGAUAUCAGCGAAUUUCUCGUACCAGAUCUCGACAUGGGUUUUUGCCCCGAUCAGAACUUGGAGAGCCUUGGUAUUAAGAUUUUCAGUUCUUCAAUGGAGGAAGAGUUCACUAAUAACUGGACGGAUAAUGAUGUUUUUUAGACAACAGAAACUUUGGAUCUCAUAGCUAUUGCAUCCCGUUUAAAUUUAGAAAAUGGAUGGACUGAUUAAAUCACAAAUAUAAAAUAAAAUAAAAUAAAAAGCUCUGAGUUUCAUCCCAGUUUGUGAUUUAAGUAGCAAGACAAAUAAGUAGUAUGUUUUCUU